GCCUGGGACUGGCGCGGGGGAGGGAAGGGAGAAGAAAGAGAGCAAGAAACUUCAGGACAGCGGCGAGGGUCAGCCGAACUGGGCCCCGGGGCCCGGCGGCUCGGGAAGGGCAAGGGAGUGCCGGGGCUGCCGUCGCGCAGCUCCCAAUGGGGCUGAAGAAACUUUAAAAGGCGGCCCCGCUGUGGUUGGCUGGUAGCGAGAUUCCGAGCAACAUAUGGCAUUAAAAGGAGCGCAGCUGGAGGUUAUGAAGGCAGAAUGGAGUUCCCGGACCACAGCCGGCAGCUGCUGCAGUGCCUGAGUCAGCAGAGACACCAAGGAUUCCUGUGCGACUCCACUGUGCUUGUCGGGGAAGCUCGGUUCCAGGCUCAUAGAGCUGUGCUCGCUUCCUGCAGCAUGUACUUCUACCUCUUCUACAGGGACCAGUUAGACAAAAGGGAGAUUGUGCAUCUGAACAGUGACAUUGUCACGGCCCCAGCCUUCAGCCUGCUGCUUGAAUUCAUGUAUGAGGGCAAGCUGGAGUUGAGCAGCCUGCCUAUUGAGGACAUCCUAGCUGCUGCCAGCUACCUCCACAUGUAUGACAUUGUCAAAGUCUGCAAGGGUAAACUAAAGGAAAAAGAACUAGUGAUUGAGGAAGAGAAGGACAGAUCUUUCCUGGGCCCUAGCAUAUCCCUGGGCCAUGAGUUAGAGUUGCCCGGCCAGCCAAGAUUCAGUCCCCUUGAGUAUGAUCGGUCUGGGGCCCACCCCACCUGGUCUAACAACCUCUUGGGGCCUGCCUCAUUGUCCAAAAAAGCAGAGCUGAGUCCAGGACCUGGGAAGGCCAAACCCUUGGAUAAUGGUGUGGGGGUCUCUCUGUCUCAGAGGACUGAACUCCCAAUACCCACUCCGGCCCCUGGUGACUCAGAGUGUGCUCUGGAUCUGUCUCUGAAGCCCAUUUCAGGGAGGGAUGCCCUCCACACCUCUUACGUCUUCAGACAGCUGGCUUCUGAUCAUCGGCAGCAGGAAGCAGAGCUGAUGGUGAAAGAUGAGCAGGACUCAUUGUCAGACCAGGAGGACAGCAAGGCAAGGAGUCCAGAGGGCCAACCAUUUGGGCCUGUGGCUAAAAGCCUAGUCACAGGCCUGGGUCACAUGUUUCAUGGCCAAGAAGAUGAGCUAGAUCCGGAGAGGGAUGAGAGCGAAGAUGACCUGGAUGCAUCAGACCUCUCUGCUUCAGAGGUGCUGGGGCCCCCCGGUCACAUCUGCAUCUGUCCCCUCUGCAGCAAGGUAUUCCCCAAUCCCCACGUCCUGCAGCUGCACCUGAGUUCUCACUUUCGGGACAAAGAUGGUGGCUCAAGGGCUCGAUUGUCACCAGAAGGGUCAGUACCCACCUGCACUCUCUGUGGAAAAACCUUCUCGUGCAUGUACACCCUUAAGAGGCAUGAGCGGACCCACUCAGGCGAGAAGCCGUACACUUGUGUGCAGUGUGGCAAGAGCUUCCAGUACUCGCACAAUCUUAGCCGGCACGCGGUGGUGCACACUCGGGAAAAGCCUCAUGCCUGCAAGUGGUGUGAGCGCCGUUUUACACAAUCUGGGGAUUUGUACCGGCACAUCCGAAAGUUCCACUGUGGCCUUGUCAAGUCCCUGGUGGUGUGAAGUGUGCUGAAGGAGUUGGGGUUGAGCUGAAGUGUGUGUGUGUGUGUGUGUG